CCGACAUUUACACAAGCUCACAGUGAUUGUUUGUUUUUGUGUUUCUGGUCAAUGUGCAUCUGAAUUGAGACAGGUCAUUCAGCAACAACCAUGAAUUCAUCAAUAUCGACCUUCGUCUGGAUGAGUUUACUAGUAUCCCUAGUUCAAACUGUGUUUGCCGAUGAUGUCAUUAUUCAAAAAAGGUAUUUCGACAACGAUAAUCCGGUAGCUGAACCAAUCAGGAGGAAAAAACCCUUUUGUAAUGCAUUCACAGGCUGUGGUCGUAAAAGAUCAGAUGAAUCAAUGGCCACAUUAGUCGAUCUUCGCUCAGAACCUGCUGUUGAAGAGCUUAGUAGACAGAUCCUAUCCGAGGCUAAGCUCUGGGAAGCCAUUCAAGAAGCACGUGUCGAAUUAUUGCGUCAGGAAAAACAAAAUAAAGCUGGAAGAAUGGAAAUGAAACCAUUGUUUCCAAUGGCUCUUAGAAGAAAACGUCGGUCUCCCAUUUUAAAUAACAAAUGUUGAGGAGACAUUUAUCAUCUCUGUGAAAUUUCUUUUAUUAUAAUUAUAAUUUCCUUAUAGUAAAUUGUUUAAGUAAAUAAGUCAAAUAUAAUACGAAUAAU